AUGGAUUCUGGUCCUAAAACCACUCCUAUUAGUGAAUUUCAUAGAGAAAAAUUAGGUUUCUCAGUAGGAAAAAAAUGUCCAUCAAUAAAUUUACCAGAUGAUCUUUUUGAAGAAGAAAUAAAUCCGUGGAAGUUUUCGUUGAUCGGUCGUCUAAAUUUACAUAAUACUAAGUUUACAGAUGUGGCUAUCAGUUUAAGGAAACAAUGGAAGUUAGUGGAGGAGUGCAAGUUGAUUCCAAUUGGAAAAGGUUUCUUUACCAUCAAACUAGAUAAUGAAAUUGAUCGAAGUUAUUUUAAAGCAGGAGAAUGUACUGUGAAUUAUCAAGUUCUUAGAUUAAGAAAUUGGGUAUCUAAUUUUCGACCUGCUAAUGUGAGAACAUCUAAAGCUCAAGUGUGGGUUAGAUUUCCUGGUUUGGGUCUUGAGUUCUGGAAGGAGAAGAAAUUAUUUGAAAUCUGUAAGGAAAUAGGCACUCCAAUUAAGAUUGAUGUAGCUACUGCAAAAUGUGAGUUAGGAUUAUAUGCAAAUGUUUUGGUUGAGGUGGAUUUUACUCAACUAAUUCCCAGAAAGAUUUGGAUUAACAUGAAAUGUGGAGGUUUCUUUCAAGAUGUUAUGAUUCAUGAAUGUCCAAAAUUCUGUUCCACCUGCAAAAUAGUAGGACAUCUGGUUACUGAAUGUUAUGUAGAAAGGAAUAAAAACAAUAAUGCAAAUGCAAAGGCAGCUAAUGUCAAUUCUCAUAAAGAAACUCCUCAAGGUUUUAAGGCUUCUUCACAAGGUAAUAAUACUCAAUAUACUAAUUCAGUCUCAAAUGGUAAUAAUCCUCAAGGUACUAAAUUAUCUUUACAGGGUAAUAAUUCAUUUAAUGUUAUUCCUUUUGAUAUCUGUGACACUAAUGCUAGAGAAGAAGAGGAUUCUGUGAUAAGGUCAAUUAAUGAGAAUAAUAUUUUAACUCCACAUAAGGAAACAAUAUCCAUUAAUUCUAGAAGAUUUGGUUCCAUUGCUAAUGAACAAUCUAAAACAAGAGAAAACAAUGUUACUAUGGAGGUGGAAAAAGUAAUGGAGGUAGCAGAGCAAAAUGCAAAUGAAUAA